AUGCUCACAGCCGUCUGUGGUUCUCUUGGCAACCAGUGCUCAGAGACACCUUGUUCUUCUCCAAGCCACUUGGAGCUGCAGCCUCUGCAGACAUAUCAACCUCAUACCAGCCCAGAAAGUGGGGGAGAUUUUCCAUCUCCUCUGCAACCUACAGAACUCCAGCACUUGCCUUUGGCUGCACCUGAAACGGAAUACUCAGGUAACAGUGGUUACGAGCUGCAUGGAUCUUCAAGGGUAGAUCUGGACAGCGAAAGCCAGCUGCCACCCGGGUCAUACGCUAAGCUUUUACAAGCAUCACCGGAUAUGUCUCAGCAUUAUGAACCUUGGUUUAGACCUACACAUUCAGGCAAUGCCACCGAUGACAAUAAUGUCAAUCCAUGGUGGGAUCUCCAUGCUGGAUCUAGCUGGAUGGAUCUUCAAAGUGGUCUCCAACCACCAGGCCACACAAGUGGGCUUCAGCCAGCCUUGGGUGGCUAUGGUUCUGCAGAACAUCAACUCUGUGGUCCACCUCAUCACCUGCUGCCUUCAGCACCACACCUUAUGAACCAAGAAGUUAUUAAAUCCCUGGAUUCUACUCAAGAGCCUCACCCAUUGGAGCAAGCUGGGGAUAGUAGCGGAAGACCAAAAAGCUCACGACGUUCAGUGACCCGGAGCUCUGGCCAAGCUGCUUGUCGAUGUCCUAACUGUCAAGAAGCUGAAAGGGUGGGCCAGUGCCCUGAUAAUUCCAAAAAGAAGCAUCUGCACAACUGUCAUAUUCCUGGUUGUGGCAAGGCAUAUGCGAAGACAUCCCAUUUGAAGGCUCACUUGAGAUGGCACAGUGGUGACCGUCCCUUUGUCUGCAAUUGGUUGUUCUGUGGAAAGCGCUUCACCCGCUCCGAUGAAUUGCAAAGGCACCUUCAGACGCAUACAGGAUCCAAAAAAUUCACCUGCCCUGUUUGCAAUCGAGUCUUCAUGAGAAGUGACCAUCUAAGCAAGCAUAUGAAGACACACGAUGGUGCCAAGGAAGAAGCUGAAGGAGAGGCUAAAACUGGACAAGAUCCUCCUGCUAAAAUCAAACGGGAAUCUGAGGGAAGCACUUCAAGUGCUACUCCUCAGUCCAAUUGA